AUGCUUUUUUCAAACAUAAAUUCCCAAGCAAAGGUUUCUAAAGGAACCGAUUUCACACACAAGAAACACAAGAGUACAGAAGUUCACUUGGAUGAAUCAAAUACAACUUUAGAAUAUGUCAAAGAUGUAUCUAAAAAACGUCGGUCGAGGAGUGAUUCCGUCAAAUCCAAUUCACAAACUCAAACUGAAACCACAUUAAAAAAUAAUGAAGUUAUACCAAUGAUUAAACAAGUUCGUAGAAAUAGUCGGUUAUUAAAUGAAAGCCAAAUAGAAGAUGAAGAAGGACUUGGAGCACCAAUUAAUAUUUAUCAAGAACAUAGGGGACAUUUAGAACAAGAUAAAAAAGCACGUACAGAAUUAGAUAUUCAAAUACUUAAGGAUGAUCUAUAUGAUCCAGUCUUGGAAACACCACAUCAUUCAAAUAAAAAACAACACAACUUAUUAAGAAAUACAUCUAUUGGAAAUUUUGUUUCUUUUCUGCCAUCGAAAAUUUUUGGUGGUUAUGGAAUUAUUACAGAAAGUGGACGAACAGAUGUAUGGAAUUAUUAUCCUAAUGAAAUGUUUACAUCAGGAGUAACGAUGGAUGGGGUUAAAGGUGUAUGUUGUUCAUAA